AUGCACCCCGCAGCCGGGACGGCCUACAAUGACUCAUUCGACGAUCACCUCGCCGAGGCCUGCGUCGCUAUGGUGACUACCCUCGGUGUCCUAAAGGUGAAGAGGGGCCUUACGGAGUGUGAGGCAGCGUUCAAAGCGAGCGAUGGGAUUUUCGUUAGUGCGGACGAGGAUAUCAAACCACUUCCGGCAGUAACGGAAGACUUGACGCAGGCAAAGAAGUGUUCUAAGAAGGCUGGACCUACCAAAGGGAAAGACAAGGCUACCGCGUCCUCCGUGAAGACGGAGGACGGCGGCAUCGCGUUGGGGCAGGCAAAAGGCGACAAGAAGGCGAAGACGACAAGCGGAGUCGAAGUUAAGCUAGAGCAAAUCGCGGCGGCUGCGACAGCCCCGGCUUCGGUUACGAAGAAGCCGAGGAAAAAGGGAACGGUCAAGGGCGCUGCUGCGCCUGAAGAGAGCGCGACUGAUCCGGUACCAGCUGCGGGCUCGGGCAAGAAGAGGAGGACGAAGGGGCGUAAAGCUGGUGCGACGCCGACGGACAAGGACGUUGCAUUGCCAAAUUCAAGCCCGGCCGACGGGAUUCCCGCAGCAACCGCCCCAGUGCACGCAUUGCUUUCCCACACGUCCUCGUUGCAGAAGCGCGACAGCUACAAGGGGAUCAAGCAUCCGCCGCGUACGUGUUCGUACGUACCGGACCACCUGCAGGCGCUCGGGUCGGUGCGGUGGGACGCGGACGGUUUCGAAUGCAUGGAGCUGAGCGCACUGCCGUGGCUGGCGGGCACGGCACAGCACGGUCAUGGUGAAGUACGGAUCACCCAUCCCGACGAGCCCGAGGCAGCGAUCGUGAGGGGAUACGAAAUGAUUUUCGUUCCGGAGGUGCCAGACCUAUUCCUCAUGAACGAGGAGGAUGUACGGGUCCGGCUGUACGCACAGGGGCCGCUUCCUGCGUCGUUCCUGGAAGGCCUGGGAAGGGCAGUGUCUAUACGACGGAGCGUUAGCGUUGGGGAUGUCGGGACAGACGGGGUGGCGGGUGCCUAG